AUGUCUUGGAAACAUGAAUUGGAAUCAUUGGUCCGUGUGGCAUCAAUGCCUACUUCAAGAUUGAAGAGUUUGGCACUUUCAUUAAGAUCACAUAUUGAGAAGAGUACAUCUUAUGUGAAUUACUAUAUUGGCUCAGUGAAUGAGUGUCUGAGACAUUGCAAUCCAGAACAUAUACUCAACUCUCUAUAUGCGAUCGAUGCCAUAAUGAGAGAUCUGAGGCAUUCUCCACAGACACAAAUAUACACGAUGAUGGAAGGUGAGUUGACAAAUGUAUUACUUGCCAAUGAGAAAAAGAUAUUGGAGACUAUUCCCCAGGAUUAUUGUACAAAGUUCAUUAAGUUAUUGGAUAUCUGGGUGAAUAAGAAGUUGUUCCCGAUGGAGUUAAAUAGAAAGUGGAUCAAUAGGAUCAUGACAGACUUGGAUGUGGAGUUGACCGAACCUACAUCAUCAUCAUCAGUGUCCAAUCACCAACACAAUCAAGACACAAUCAUGGCUAGGGCCAUGACUAGGACUACAACUACAACCACCUCGACCGCGACAAAUGUUUCAUCAAUGAUGGGCGACAGUCACAAAAGAAAGUUAAGCUCAUCUGAUGAGGAUGAGGAUGACAAUCCAUUGGAGUUUCUGAUGGAAGACGAUAGUGAUGAUAGUCAAGAUGAUAAUCCAGAUGUCGUGCGUGUUGGAAUGCUGGCCAAAUCCAGAGCAAAGAAAAGAAUAAGGAAGACUGGCCUCACAAAACAACGGUCAUCCGACCUCCUCGACAUGUCCAGUCUCAACAACGUCCGUAACAUGUCAUUACAUACCUCCCUACUCGACCUUCCCAAUGAGAUCAUCAGCAAGAUCCUCCUUGAUCUCGAUGUCCUGGAAAUACUCCGCAUCUCAUUCGUGUCAAGGUUCUUCAAUGAGUUCAUUCGAUAUUGUACAUUCUGGAGAGUGUUGAGCUUCAACAAUGUGAUCAUAUCAGAGUUGUGUCUAAACACAACGAUCAAGUCUUAUGGACAUUUGGUGGUCAAGUUGGAUCUGUCAUUCUGCAACUACGUCUCACACAGCUCAAUCAAGACCAUUGUCAACAAUUGCACACAACUCCAAUCAGUGUCCAUGUGCAGAUGUCCACUGUCCGACGACGACAUUGUCGAAGUGCUCAAACUGAAACAACUUCGCAAGUUGAACGUAUCACAAUCCAACUACUCAUUCUACAUCCUUGACUGCAUUCUCAACCACCGCGGUAUCACAAACCUCAACAUAGCUUGCAGCCAUAUGUUGUUGAAUAGAUUGUUUAUGAAGUGCACAGAUAAGCUGCCGGCUGGAUUGAGGAAGCUCAACAUUGAUUGCUACUGCUCCAACUUCUUUAGUUCGGUGGUCGGCGAGGCCGUCGAACAAAUAAUCACAAACAAUCAAGAGACAUUGAAGAUGGUCACACUCCACCAUGCCCUGUCAAUCGAGAAGAUACCCAGAGGUGUCAAGCUGAGGACCACCAACCUCUGGAAGUACGUCAAGUUCAACGACUAUGCCUCCACCAAGGAGGCCUUGCAUGGCAUCAAGAAGAAAGUGUUGGACAGGAGAUAUCACAAUGGAAACACAUCCAUCUACCAAGCAUCAGAGGAGGGCAAGGUACAACUGUUACAGUUGUUGAUCAAUGCUCGAGCGGACCAUUCAAUAUGUAAUUAUUAUGGAAUAUCUCCAAUCAUGGUAUCCAAGGAUAUAACAACUACCAAGGUCUGGAUAUCGAGUGGAAUCAAACCAAACUUACAAAUAGAGAAGGAGUUCUUGGCAGUCAUACCAAUUUUGGAGAAGUAUUACAAGUAUUUAAAGUCCAACAUACAAGAGCAUCCAUCAAUCAAUGAAGUACAAUCAUCUGAUGUCAAUCUCAUACUGACAUUACUAAAGAAUGAACAAAAGUAUGCAUUCAAGAGUGAUGUCAUCAGUCUUGCUCGUAUACUAUUGGCAUCAUUCUUGAAGAUACCAUCAUUGUUAAAGACUAUGAUCAAUGGAGAUAAUCUACAUCACAAACAACAACAACAACAACAACCAAACAUUACCACACGAUCAUUGGUAUUUAGUACUAUUGGCAAUGAUAUAUUCUUCCAGACAUUGAUGCCAUAUCUAAAGAAGGCACAACAGAAGAUAGUUCUGUUGGACCUCCUCGAGUUGGAGUAA